AUGCCUCGUGUCUGGGAUGUCCUGGACGCCCGUGGUGCCACGGGCGCCACGGAACGGGAACAUCUGAGCCGCUUGCAACCUCCAUUUGAUCCACGCAUUUCGAUCUAUGUCAAUGCAGCAGCAGCAGCAGCAGCAGCAGACAUGGCUUCGGCGGUAACCAAGGCCGCACUCUCCGCGCCGCUGCGACGGGCUCUCGUGCAGUCGCGCGGCUUCCAGACCAGCACCAAGAGCCUGCUUCCAUCAGCAUUCGGCUCCAGCUCCAGCAUCCCCCCGUCCUACUUCCAGAGGUCGUCGCUCCCCGCCAACACCGUCAUUCGCUUCGUCCCGCAACAGACAGCAUGGAUCGUGGAGCGCAUGGGAAAGUUCAACCGCAUCCUCGAACCCGGUCUGGCUAUCCUCGUCCCCUUCAUCGACCGCAUCUCCUACGUUAAGUCGCUCAAGGAAAACGCCCUCGAGAUCCCCAGCCAGAGCGCCAUCACCGCCGACAACGUCACCCUUGAGCUCGAUGGUGUCCUCUACACGCGCGUCUUUGAUGCUUACAAGGCCAGCUACGGAGUCGAAGAUGCCGAAUACGCCAUCUCGCAGUUGGCGCAAACCACGAUGCGAUCCGAAAUCGGCCAGCUAACCCUCGACCACGUCCUCAAGGAGCGCGCAGCCCUCAACACCAACAUCACCGCCGCGAUCAACGAGGCCGCCCAGGCCUGGGGCGUCACCUGCCUCCGUUACGAGAUCCGAGAUAUCCACGCCCCCGCCGGUGUCGUCGAAGCCAUGCACCGACAGGUCACUGCCGAGCGCUCGAAGCGCGCCGAGAUUCUCGACUCCGAAGGUCAGAGGCAGUCGGCCAUCAACAUCGCCGAGGGUAAGAAGCAGAGCGUCAUUCUGGCUUCCGAGGCCAUGCGCGCCGAGCAGAUCAACAGAGCGUCUGGUGAGGCCGAGGCCAUCCUCAUGAAGGCCAAGGCUACCGCAGCCGGUAUCGAGGCCGUUUCCAAGAGCAUUGCCGACGGCGAGGAUGCGGCGCAGGGCGCCAUCAGCUUGUCUGUUGCUGAGAAGUACGUUGACGCGUUUGGCAAGCUGGCCAAGGAGAGCACGGCCGUUGUCGUCCCUGGCAACGUCGGAGACAUUUCAAGCAUGAUUGCCACCGGACUGAGCGUCUACGGCAAGGUUGGCCAGGCUCAGGCUAGGACGAUGGCGAAGCAGCUGGUCAACGAGUCAGCGCAGGAGUCCGGCGAGGGUGUGUCUGCGGAGCCCAAGCAGCUGAAGGAUUCGGUGCUUGAGAGCUUCGACGAGGCGGCGGGACAGAAAUGA